AUGGCCGAUGCGCAGCCGCAAUGUCGGCUGAUGAAUCUUCCGGUGGAUGUCCAUCAGAUGAUCGUAAAGUCUUUGGAUCUGCCAGAUAUUCUAUUUCCUCCAGCAUACCGACAAGACCGCAUCAAUGGUAUUCCGUCGGGCGAGAAUAAUUUCGACGGCCAGCAUGCAAAGUACUACGGCACUGAUCGCAACAAUGAGGACCACCCAGGCGCCUACGCCCUUUUGUAUUGGAGCUCGACUUGCCGCUUCUAUCGACGGCAUUUUGAAGCUCGCAUUCUUCGCCAUGUGGUACUUCGAACUCAUCUGAAAUCGAUCGAAUCAAUAGAAACUCUCUCUCGAACACCACGUUGGCAACAUGCAAAGAAUUUGAUUGUAUGCACUACCCUUGCGACAUUGAGUCAUGGCGACAGAGACGUAUACGCGGAACUGUCUCGUGAUAUUGAAUACGAAGAGGACGACGUGUUAUCAUACUGGCCCGACUUUCCGCUGUCCCGUCUCUCUGCUCUCUUAUCGAACCUGCCGCCCAACUUGGAGGCGCUCACCCUCAAUUUCCCCUGGCACUGGAUCGACCAGGUGGACAGCUGCAUGGAAUUCAGUGCGACAGGGGAUUUUGGGUGCAUGAUCCUUGUUAUUCUACGCGCUAUAUGCCAGAACAACCUCGCAGACAAGGCCAGUUUCACACUAAAACUGGUCAAUCUUCCAAAAGGGAACUGCCAGAUCUCAUUGGCUCAUUGGAACAAUGGAGCAGGCUGGGAGCAGAACAAGGUCAUGGACAUGGAGAGCUUCACCAGAAGCCUGGGGCCAACUUUUAUCCAGCACUUGACAAACGUCGAAACACUCGAGCUUCAGGCCAACUAUUCUUGCCCUAUUGGUCUGGCUCCGGGGUGUGGCCAUCUCGACUUUCCCCGGCUCUCUGAUGGUCUUCGGUUCUAUUACCUUCGAAAGCUCACGCUCGACCACUUCUUCAUCGACGAUCCGCUGAUGGCAUUCGUGACCACGCAAAGCCCCAAUCUGGAGCAUUUGACACUGCUCAGCUGUGGUGCCAGUGGCCCCAAUACUUCGUCCGAAGUGGCCGAUCCGCCGACAUGGGCCGAAUUCUUCAGGCACCUCAAUACAGGCGCCACGAACCUACGGUCCCUGUCACUGCGACAUACAUACCCCAACAGUCGUUUGCUUGACGUGGACGCACAAGGCCAAAAGUCCGACGACAUCAAAUUAGCCUGUGUUGCACUGGAACACCAGGCCUCGCAGCAGCACAUUACCAGCGAAAGAGACUGGGCGCGUCGGAAACAGGUCCUGCCCCACCACAUCCUCGAUGAUAAAUAUGGCAUCUUCUUCGACGACGAAGACGAGAACGCGGUGCGCUUCUUGCAGGGAGACGACCACUGCGCUUUGUUGGAGCUGUGGGAUGCCAUGGAGUCAAGAGGCGGCGAGGGCGUCAUCUACCUCCCUCACCUCACCCCUCCACAAGAUUGA